CCCAAAUCAACGCCACAGCGCUCUUCUUUUCAUCAUGUUGGACUUGAGACAGCGAGGCGUCAGUUUAAACACACCUGAAGCUGGUUGACCCGCUGUUAAAGAGAUGCUAGUCUGUGCUCUGUUAAUCAUGUUACACCAAGCAAAGCCAUUCCAGCAUAUAGAGCACCAUUGUGACCCUCGCUCUGCCACUGUGGUCGGGCAGAUCAGACGGACAAAUCAUGUUAGGAUCAAAACAAACUGCACUGAGGUGCUGCAUCAGGUACUUAGGCAGACAGGAAGGAAGAGAAAAUCUAAUUAAGGAUCACAUCAGGUUGUUUUACCUGCAUGAACGUCUUUUAUUGUCCUCUGAUCAAUCUGGAGAUCAGAAGAUGAGUGAUCGAGGAGACAAAGAGGAGGACAGAGCAGAGUCUCCUCUGUCCAGCUGUCUCUCUAUGAAGAGUGACUGGUCUAAAGGUCAACCUCUACUCUUCAGUAAUGAACCAGGACCCUCAGAUCAGAAGAUGAGUGAUCGAGGAGACAAAGAGGAGAACAGAGCAGAGUCUCCUCUGUCCAGCUGUCUCUCUAUGAAGAGUGACUGGUCUAAAGGUCAACCUCUACUCUUCAGUAAUGAACCAGGACCCUCAGAUCCACACUCGUGCGCUCCUCUCCAUAGUGCGCUCGUCUCCUCCCUCUACAGCCCGCUGCUGCUACGCUUCGAUGGGGGGACCUCACCACUGCUUGUACCCCCGUCUUCGAUACCUCUUUCCAGAGCAUUUAUGUCCGAUCAGACACAGCGCUGGCCAGCUGUCUGGUGCUCAACAAUGUGCCGAGUGUCGCGCCUGACACAGCUCACACCUCCUGCACAAUGUAUGACAAUUCAUCUUCAAAAGAUGAAGAAAAGAGAGGCCCUGUUUAAUGCCCAGGUUUUCUUAUAAGCCAAAUUGUCUUUU